AUGGAGAAAAGAGAACUAAAGGUUUCUGUUCCAAGGUUUGACAAGAUUCCCUGGUUUAGUGAGGCCAGCUUCAUGAACAAGCCAUUAGUGCUCAGUCUCCCCAAAAGAUAUCCUCAUUCCUCUGCCACUUUUCUGGUUGCAUCCAAGAAGGGUAUGAAUUUGCCAAUUUUGUUCCAAGUUCCAGAUGUCUUAUCUAAGGCCGGGUGGAACCAGCACAACCCCACACUGAUCAGAAACAAGCAGCUGUGCUCCACAUGUCGAGAUGUGAAGAUGGUGCAACCAAAAACUCUGAUAAUCCCAGAUGAUCUGAAACUAUCGUUUGCAAAUAUUAUGAAUCAUAGAAUGAUGAGUCUCCAUCUGCCAAAAGCCCAUACUGUACCCAAACGUUCUCGUGCUGACAUCCUAACAGAGAAUGUUCACUACAGACUGCCCAUUCUGGGCCCCAGGACAGCUGUCUUCCACGGACUGCUGUCAGAUGCCUACGAAACCCUGAAAGAGACACAACUCUCUUCCUUGCCCAGAGAAGAACCAGUGGGCAAAGCAGUGAGUCAGUGA